GGACCAGUUCUACAGGGAAGCCAUCGAGCAUUGCCGGAGCUACAACUCAAGGCUGUGCGCUGAGCGCAGCGUGCGCCUCCCCUUCCUGGACUCGCAGACCGGGGUGGCUCAGAGCAACUGCUACAUCUGGAUGGAGAAGAGGCACCGAGGCCCAGGCCUUGCCCCAGGACAACUCUACACAUACCCUGCCCGCUGCUGGCGCAAGAAGAGGCGACUGCACCCACCUGAGGACCCAAAGCUACGGCUGCUGGAGAUAAAGCCUGAGGUGGAGCUGCCCCUGAGGAAGGACGGCGUUGCCUCAGAAGGUACCACGCUGGAAGCACUGCUGCGUGGGGAGGGUGUGGAGAAGAAGGCAGAUACUCGCGAAGAGGACAGCGUGCAGGACUUCCAGAGAGUUCUGGAAAACGAUGAGAACGUGGAGGAAGGGAACGAAGAAGAGGAUUUAGAAGAAGAUGUUCCCAAGCGGAAGAAUAGGACCAGAGGCCGGGCUCGCGGCUCUGCGGGGGGCAGGAGGAGGCAUGACGCCGCCUCUCAGGAAGACCAUGACAAGCCUUACGUCUGUGACAUCUGUGGCAAGCGGUACAAGAACCGACCGGGCCUCAGCUACCACUACGCACACACCCACCUGGCCAGCGAGGAGGGGGACGAGGCCCAGGAUCAGGAGACGCGGUCGCCCCCCAACCACAGGAACGAGAAUCACAGACCCCAGAAAGGACCGGAUGGAACAGUCAUUCCCAAUAACUACUGUGACUUCUGCCUGGGAGGCUCUGCCAUGAACAAGAAGAGUGGACAGCCAGAGGAGCUGGUGUCCUGUGCGGACUGUGGACGCUCUGCUCAUUUGGGAGGAGAAGGCAGGAAGGAGGCGGCGGCCGCAGCGCGCACCACGGAGGACUUAUUCGGUUCCACGUCAGAAAGUGACACCUCAACUUUCCACGGCUUUGAUGAGGACGAUUUGGAAGAGCCUCGCUCCUGCCGGGGACGCCGUGGCAGCCGAGGGUCGCCCACAGCAGAUAAAAAGGGCCGUUGCUGAGGCCACAGGCCAGAUGCUCGGGCGGCUGGCCAUCCCCGUGACUCUGGCCGUG